AUGGCCAAGCGAGCCAUGGUUCCAAUAAGUGAUGCUGCCGUGGCAAACGCGCAGAUAUUCUAUGGAGUCAUGAUACCUCUGCUGGUUCUCUCUACAGCCACUGUCGCAAUACGAUUCUGGAGGCUGAGGUCGCGGCUCAGCGAAUGGUCAGAUUGGUGUAUACUAGCUGGUUAUAUCCUUUCCGUGGCCGAUUUCGCGCUCCUCCUCCCGACCAUGGUCCUAACGCCCGGAUCGAUCGACGAAGACGUUGCCAUCAACGCAGGCAAAUAUACCUUCCUAGCGAUUCCAAUUUGGGGCAUUGCCAUGGCGCUCAUCAAGACUUCUGUGGGAUUGACGCUCAUGAGAAUUCAAAGCGCAGUGUGGUUCACAAGCCUCAUAUGGUUGAUAAUCGGAGUAGUAUGUGCCUAUGGUAUUGGCAAUACCUUUUUCAUCCUUCUUGAAUGUCGACCGUUGGAGGCAGCGUGGGAUCCAAUGGGGACACCAGACGCACAGUGUCUUGGAGCAUCGGCGAUACGCAUCGCAUCAACUGUCGGUGCCGUGAUAAGUAUCGUGACUGACAUCCUCUUGUCGCUGGCACCGGUCAGCUUUCUGUGGAACCUGAACCGCCCACUUCGGGAACGAGUUGUCAUUGGAAUAUUGAUGGGAAUCGGACUGCUGGCUGCUGUAUCAUCGCUCAUGAAGAACCUUGUUGUGAGGGAUUAUGGCAAGCCUGGCAUCGAUACCUGGGCACAAUCAGUAACUAUCUGUACCUGGGUUGUAGUGGAGUGUUUCCUUGGUAUAUUAGCGGCCUGCACUCCGUUCUGCAAACCCGCUUUGCAGGCCUGUCUUGGAGCGAUUGGGGUGUCACUAACGACGAAGUCGGGGCAUACACCAGGUUACGCCAACUACCAACGUGCUACAGCCCAGGAUACCUUCGCUAGUCGCAAGGUGCAGCGACAUUCUUAUACCAAUGACUCGGACGAGGGUCCACUCAACUACGAGAUGGACGCGAACCUGAGACAAAAACAGCGGAAUGUCGUCCUCAAGAGUACGGAAAUUCGCAUACAUCGCGAAAUCGGGGGCCAGUCGCCUGACAGGACGAGUCAAACAGUGAAGUCUGCAGAUAUAUGGGGUGCUGCAUCUAGUUCAUCAAAGCGCGUGGAACAAGCGGCUAGCUGA